AAAAACUUAUAUAUAAUUCUUUGGCAAAAUCUACAAUCAGUCAUUGAUAUGUUGCUUCGAUGAUACUAAUAAAGAGAUAUAAGCAAAUAAUAGAAAAUUAGAAAUUUUACUGUUGUGAUAUGAUUUAAAUUUGGCAAAUUUUUAAUAUAUACAGGGAAUUUUUUUAUUAAUAUUUGAAAAUAAUGGGAAAAUUAAAAAGUACAAUACCAGGCUUAGGAUAUCCUUCAGGUCGUGAUUUUUUUUUAAAAUCUGGCCACGGAUUUCUUGAGGGACGAAAAAUUGACGAUGGUGCCGAAGGACUUUGGCGUAUUAGAAAUGGAUUGUAUGAUCUUGAAAAAUGGUUACAUAAACAUCCAGGAGGUGCUGAAUGGCUCACCCUAACAAAAGGCACCGAUAUCACUGAAGCUUUUGAGUCUCAUCAUCUCACCGAUAGGGCUGAAAAUCUUUUACCCAAAUUUUACGUUCGUGAAGCAAAAAAUCAACGCUCAGUUGCAUUCACAUUUAUGCCCGAUGGAUUUUAUCGAAAAUUCAAAAAACGUGCAUUACUUGCCUUGAAAAAUGUGGAUUUUCAUUAUCCAGCAAAACAAACAAAUUUAAUUGCCGAUUUUCUCGUUACUUCGGCAAUUAUUUUUUCACUAUUGGCAACAAAAUUUUGGCUGUCAAUUAUCUUUGCCGCACUAUUUUUAUCAUGGUCUGUUGUAAUUGGUCACAAUUAUCUUCACAUGAGAGAUAGUUUUCGAAUGUUUUACAUGGAUUUGAGUUUUUUUUCAACAAGAGAAUGGCGAAUAACACAUGUAUUGAGUCAUCAUAUGUAUCCAAAUACAAUUUGGGAUGUGGAAAUUUAUGCUCUUGAACCAUUCUUUAAUUGGUUGCCAAAUAAAAGGAAAUCGUUUAUUGGCAAAUAUAUAUCGAUUGUUAUUACACCGGUUGUUUAUUGUUUGGCAUUAAUUGGUCAGAUAAUAAAAAGAUAUUAUCUCGUUUUUCGUGUAUGGAAAAAGUUCGAUAUUAGAGAUUUAAUUCCCUUUAUUUUACCACUGUUAAUGUGUAUUGUAGCGCCAAAUUUUGCAACUGCUAUCAAAACAUGGAUAAUUAUUAUAUUUGUCACUAGUUUAAUUUUUCAUUUUAUUGGAUUUAAUGCCGCUCAUCAUCAUCCUGAUAUUUUUCACGAUGGUGAUAUUCCGAGAAAAGAUCAAGAUUGGGGUCUAUUGGAAUUGGAUGCUGUGCGUGGAAGAGAAAUUGUGGACGAUUCACUAUUCUUGGCGUUAACUAAUUUUGGAUCGCACACGCUACAUCAUCUUUUGCCAACUGUUGAUCACGCAUAUUUACCUCUCUGUUUAGAUGCAUAUUAUGAAACAUGCAAGGAAUUCGGAUUAAAUCCCGAUGACAAGAUGACCUACUGGCAACAUGUCAAGGGUCAAUUUCAACAACUAACACGCAUUGAAUCCAAAUAUAAUUCAAGAUAAGACAAUUUUAAUUUUGUCAUACACUAUAUAGUGUAAUAUAAAUAAAAGUGUAUUUUAAAUUUAAAAAAAAAUUAAAAAAAAAAAAAAUAAAUGAUGAUAAAUAAUAAAAUUUUUGCAAAAGAAA